CUCAGGGGCUGGGAUGGCCCCUCCUCCUUCCUGUCCUACCCUAGCAAAAGCCAGAAGAGCAAACAGCCAGGCUCCGGUGGCCCCCACUCCCUCGGUUCCCUGGUCCCACUCUGUGCCAUGGAGGCCCAGGGAGCAGGGGGUCAAGGGGGACAACACAGGAAGUCCCCCAGCCCCAGUUAAAUAUAGACUGAGGCUCCUCCCACGACCUUCCCUGGGCUCCUGUGGGCUGUGGGAGGAGCAGGGUGGCCUCAGCCUCUGGCUCUGUGACACCGGGCAGGCGUGGGCUCCACAGAGUCCCUGCCCUCCUGCAGAAGCAGUCCGCCUUUUGGGGAAGGGAUCUCCUGCUGCUGAGAUGCUGUCACCACAGAAGGUGACCCCUGGACCAGAGCCCCAAAGCCCCCGGGAGUCUGGGGGGCCGGCGGCACCAGCCUGGGGCACUCAGCGGUCGAUCAGUGUGGUGGAGAACAAAGACCACCACGUGGGCACCAUUCGGGGCAUCCUUCAUCGGGCCCGGUCCUGGGCGAGCCCGCAGGGCCCCACCCGAGCGACUAAGGAAGACCCAGGCCGGCGCCACCGAGCCUCCCGGAGAUCCCUGCUCCUGUCCUUGCGGCGAAUGGUGGACCAAAGCCCAGCAGCGGGCCAGUCCCAGGUCACGGCUGUGCAAGAAGAGCCUUCUGUGGUCAGCAGUGGUGAUGCCAAGCAGCAGGCAGCACUGCAGGUGGGGCCAGAGGAACUGCAGCCGGAGGCAGAAGGCAAAUCCGUGGCCGACCUCAUCACUGAGUGGCAAGUGAUGGCGGCGUUCAAGCAGCUGCGAGGCCUGGAGACGCGGCUGGUGGCCGAGAAGACUUCAAACCCCGUUGAGGACCCCACGGACUACGUGCGGCGCGUCAUGGACGUGUCCCUGCACUACGACCGGCUGGCGAACGAGAUGGGCGCCAUCGUGCGCGAGACCCUGGCCCCCGAGGGCGUGCCCGCGGCGAUGCUGACGGAGCUGGCGCGGGUGGUGCGCGCGGAGGAGGAGGCCCACCCGGCACCGCCGGCCGGCGGCGACAUCCUGCUCACCCCGCGCCACUGGCGCAGGCAGUGGGAGGACGCGGUGCGGCGGAGCGCGCGGGAGCGCGUGUGUCUGGCGGGCGCGGGCGCCACCCCUGGGGCCACGGAGGGCGAGCCCGGCCUGGCCCAGAUCCUGAGCGAGCUAGGUGGCGUGGUUCGCGGCGACCUGCAGAAGGUGCACCGGGAGGUGCGGCCCGCGUACGAGGUCGCCGGCUUGCCCGCGUGGGAGACCUACCUGCGCGCCUUCCACGCAGCGGUGGGCCAGCGCCUGCAGGAGCUCGCGCGCGAUGCCCGCGGCUGCGAGCAGCUCUACCUCCUGCUGGAUUGGGUCGCCAACGUCUAUGGCAGCACCCUGCCCGCUUCCAGCCCCGACUUCCUGGACGCCCGGGACCUGGCACUGCCUGAGGAGCCGCUGCCCCCGCUCCUAGCGCCCGACGUGUGGGCGCAGCUGGAGAGCGACUACACCCGCUUCCUGGAGAGCAAGAUCGCAGGCUACUUCGACCGCAUCUUGCAGCUGGAGCAGAGCGGCUGGGCGGCGUCAGGGGGCCCCGAGGAGCUGCAGGGCCGCUACCGCGCGCCGCUGUCCACGGACAUCCACAUGCUGGUGGCGGAGCACGUGAAGGCGUCCAGCGCCAUCUCCGCCGAGCUCGAGGCCACCACCCUGAGGAUCUGCGCGCGCGAGAUCAGACUCUUUGUGCCCAGGUUCGAGAAGGCUUUGCUGGAGUCGGGGGCGGCGAGCGAGCCCCGCUUGGGCGCCUACAUCAACGCCUGCGAGGAGCUCAGGACCAGUCUGCUGGCCAGGUUCCCAGGAAUGCUGGAGGAGCUGGAGAAGCCCCUCCUGGCCGCUGUCCACAGCUUCCAGAAGCACUUGCUCCAGGGCCUGCAGCGUGACGUGCAGCCACUCUUCAGGUCCGUGUUUAUCAAGAACUGGCUGACACAGGACACACUGGGUCCCCUCAUGGACAAGGUGAAGGCCUUUGCAUACCACCUCACACUUGUGGCCCCGCCAGUGGCACAGGAGACGCUGCAGGAGGUGCACAGGUUUGUGGUCCGGGAGUACCUGGCGCAGGUGCUGAGGCCGAGCGUGCGCUUCCGGGGCGAGGAGCGCGUGCGAGGCGCCCAGAGGAUGAGUGAGGACGCGCAGGCCAUCAGCGAAGCCUUCCGGGACUUGGGCUCUGAAUCCACGUGGCUGAACCAGGCCAUCCCCUGCGUGGCUGAGAUCCUGGGAGAGACAUACAAGGACGACAUCAGGCGGCACCUGGAGACGCUUAUCCGGAGCUACCCUGACAUCAGGCGCAAGCACGUGCUGGCCAUCCUGGCGCUGCGCAGACUGGGCCACCGUCGGAACCGGCACCUGCUGCAGCACUCGCAGGGCCUGCUGGGGGGUGGGAAUGGGGCUGCAGGCGCAGAAGCCACCCACAAGCGCGUGCUUUUUGAGGAGAUACUGGUGCCUGUCUCCAUGGAUGUGCUGAGCACCUGCAUCUACUGCUCCCCAAACAGAGAGGGCCUCCCAGCACCCUCCGUGAGGCCUGCACCCUGAGCGAGGAGCCCCAAAGUCAGUGGGAGCCCUGCCCCCAACUCUGCAGCCCAGAGUUGUCAUGGAAUAUUUAUCCUUAACCGUGUUUGGCUGCUCAGCUUGGAGGGGGAGGAUGAAGGCAUCUGAGGCAUUUGUGGGGGCGCUUGGGGUGGUUUCCCCAUCCAUCCUGCCUGCCAGGGAGGGCCUGCUGCUUCGCAGCCCCCGCCACCCCCAGCUGAGAGCUCAGGACAGAGUAUUUAUUCUAAAAAUAAAUGUCAGUUAAACCGGUGCCUCCCUACCCAGGGCCAGGCCAAGCUGGCUGCUGGUGGAAGGCCUGGGUGCACCUGCCAAAGGCCUCUGCGCCCACCGCGCCGGUGGGAGACGGGCAGCACGAGCCGGAAGGCCCUCAGCAGAACCGUCCUCCGUGGCGGGACCCUGGGCCCACAUGCUGUGCCUCACCGCAGCAGCCCAGGCCUGGGGGCCAGGAGAGUGAAGGCUUGUUCUGCCUCUUGAGGUAUUGGGGUUGCACAGGGGAGGGACUUCCCAGCAGUGGCAGUUGUUGGGGUCCUGCAGGGGGCUGCCCAGGCCGUGUUGGGGUGACCCGUAGCUGGUGAAGUCUGUUCAGAUGUGCACCUGCAAACCCCCUUCUGGCCCGGCUGAGGGCAAGGCUGCAGGGAGCCCGUUUGCGUUGGUGGUAGAGUGGGGAGCCUGCAGGGGAAGCCCAGGCUGGCACCCAGGAGCCCCCUGCCUGGCCCUGGGAGGAGGGCCAGGUACCUGCAGGUGACCAGGGCCCCGAGCGCUGGAUGGACUUUCACCUCCAGAGCACAGGCUCAGGGUCCUGAAGGCUGCCCUGCAAGGUGAGUGGGGGCGUCCCUCUCAGCUCCCCCAGCUCUGCCCCUCUCAUCCCUGUGGGGCGGGGGCAGCAUCCAGGCAGAUCUGCUGCCCCUCUCCGAGCCUGGCCUGGAACGCAGGGCCAGGUCUGAGUCUGCUGGGCCCGUGGCAGACAAGCCAUGUGCCUGGGAUACUCUGUCCUCUCUGGUCGCAGGUGCCAGGGCAGUGCCUUCCUGCCAGUGGUUGUGCCAGGGCUGGAGGCCAGGGGCAGGGCAGGGGAAUAUCCAGCUCUCCCUGGCAGGGGCGGUGAGGUGGGCAGGAAGAGGAAGUGGAGAGCUUGGGGUUCCCGGGCUCCUGGGGGUAGGGUAGGGAGUGUGACUGCCGGCGCUGACAGGCAGUCCUUGGCCCAGGGAGAAACAGGCUGCCAUAACUGGAGUUUGGGGGUAGGACGGGCACGUCUGAGCGUGGAGGAGGGGUCUGCAGGAGGGGCAGGGGACUCACUGGCCACGCUGUCCUUGCCCAGCCCCACUGUACCCCUGGGGGCCACUGGUGUCGGGUGGGAAUGGCCAGCAGGGGCUGGCGGGGGUAAGGGAAGACUCAUCUGCCUGGCCCCAGCCAGUUCUCCCCAGGGAGACUGAGUCCCAGCCCCACGGUAAAGAAGCAGGAGGUUUUGGGGCUGGGCUCCCAGGGCAGACUGGGUGGCGGCAGGAAGGCUGUCUUAGUGAUGUAGGAAAGCUCCGUUACCUCAACGUGCCUCCGUUUUUCCAAAUGUGAAAUGGGUGCUUUCAGCACCUCCCAGGUUUGGAGGGAAAGGCAAGAGCCAGGUGUAAACCAGGCCCCUGGCCACCCUACCACGCAGUGUUCCAGGCACCUCCAGAGCGCUGGCCUGCAAGGAAGUCAAGAACGCCCUGGGUGCAGCCCCGCCUGUGAGCAGGCCCGGGCCAAGCAGAUGACUGGUAGGGAGAGAUGGAGGCCGGGACCCGCCCGAGGCUCAGGACCGUCUUUCUGAGGGUUUCUAGACCUGGAGACGGGAAGUCGGGUUUCCUGACAGGAACUGUGUGCACACGCAACACUUGCGCGUCCUGCAAGGAGCACCGGCAUGUGCCCUUGCCUUGCCUAGCGCUGGCAGUGGCCGUGACCAGCACUGGCCUCCUCAGGCCGCAUACGGGAAGCAGGAGGCAGCAGCAGCUUCUGAGAGCACCACGGAAGACUGACGGCAGGGGGCUGUCCUGUCCGCAUGUGGGGGCUGCUGGCCAGCCGGGUCCCCGAGGCUCUGCACAGACCUUAAGUGCCUUCACGGUCGUUGUCCAGGCCGAGCACAGAGGUGGGAGGUCUGGCUGCCGGACUUGUCGGCCAGUUGUCUGGCUGAUAAGUGCGUGCAUGUGUGUGUGUGUGUGUAUGCGUGCACGCGCAUAUGUGUGUUCACAGCAUUUGCCAGCCCGGCUUGGAGGGCUUGCCAGGGGACCGCGUGCCCAGCACAGAGCAGGACAGUCCCCAGCAUCCUCUUGGCCCCUCCAGUUCAGAACCCAGCCUCUUCCCCGCCCCUGCGGGUUCUCUGCUCCUCCCUCUUCAGCUCCCAGCCUGGCUCCCCACGGCCUCUGGUAUCCUGGGUCCUUUCUGGACUGGGGUUUGCUUCUGGCCCUGAGCCGGGGCCCCACUCUGUGAGCACCAUGGCCCGGAGGGCACUGGAGGAGGUGCGCUUGGCUUGUGGGGUGAGGCGCUGUGCGCAUACCUGCCAGCCCGGGACAGUGUGGGUGGCAGGAAGAGGGGACCGGACCGUCCACCCAGCUCGGGCUCCCAGGCCCUCCUGUCCCCCCUGUCCCCAGGCUCAGGCCUAGGCCCUGCUGGCAUGUGCUAUGCCACACUGGGACAGCCUGUGGGAGGUGGAGGCUCCAGGCCUGCACUAGGCCCACCUGUCCUCCCCUAGAUGACGACCUGCGCCGGCCCUCCUGCGACCAGUGUCCGCGUGCCACGUGGACAGUGCUCGCUGUGGAGGGUCUGCCUUCAGAGGUUCUGGCACGGAGGGUGUGCUUCAAGAGGCAGCCAGCGUGUCCCACAGCCUCUCCCUCUUCCUUCCUUGCCUGAUGACCUCAGUGCCUUCCCUUCUGGCCCUGGCCCUCUGCAGGCGGAUUCCUGGGGACAGCACCCUCAGUGGCUGGCGGUGGCUCCUGCAGAGCCCCUCACCAUGGUCCAGGUGGGGGACAGGACCUGCAGGGUCCCCAAAGCUACCAUCCAUCCCCAACCUCACUUCUUCCUGUACACACAGAAACCCCUUCGGGACUGCAGCCAGCCACCAGCCACCGUCAUCCACCCUCUGGGCAGGGAGGGGCAGAAUGGACUCCCCAGGGACAGUGUCUUCCUGGGGGCCCCGGGAGCUGGGCAGGGGGUCUGUCUGCUGGGAGCCGCUCCCAGUGCUGUCUUGGGACAGCCGUGUCGGGAGCCUGGCGCUGCUGUGGGUGUCCCCAUCUCAGCCCAGCCUGUGCCCCUGCGAUCCUGAAACCCUGGGGGGAACGGAGCUGUGAACACGCCGUGCCCACCUCAGUCCUGUCCUCUCUUGGGCCUUGGGGACCUGGCAGUGCUGCAGGGGCCCCUCCUCCUUCCCGGAUGCCCUCCUCAGCGUGCAUUUUUAGCUUUGUGUCCCGUUGAAUAAUAAAUUCACACGGAUUGUGUAAAGGCACGUUAAA